AUGGCUUACUCCAACAUAUAUUCUAUGCUAUUUUUUCUUCUGAUUUUUCCCCUGCAUACUUUAGCUCAAAUAAAGGAUACUAUACCUUUGGGCAGUACUCUUACUGCAAAUGAAGAAACUACCCCAUGGCUCUCUCAAUCUGGAGAUUUCGCGUUCGGAUUCAAGCAAAUUCAAGAUCAAAAUCACUUCUUGCUUUGCGUAUAUUACGCGAAAAUUAAAGAUACCACCAUAGUUUGGUAUGCAAAUGGUGGUAAUCUAGUACCACGAGGCUCAAUCGCGGAAUUAAAUCCACAAAGUGGAUUAAUUCUCCGCGAUCCUCGGGGUAAAAUGCUUUGGAGCACUGGUCGAGUUGUAACUAAUGUUGCUUAUGCUGUUAUGAAUAAUACAGGAAACUUUGUUCUUGUUGGAAAUGAUUCUUCAAUUUUAUGGGAAAGUUUUAAAUAUCCAACUGAUACCCUUUUGCCUACUCAAAUACUUGAAAUUGACAACAAGCUGAAUUCUCGAAAAUCAGAGUCUUUAUUUUUUCCAGGUAAGUUUGUUCUUCGUAUUAUGAGUAAUGGGAAUUUGGUGCUUAAUACUCAAUCCAAGCAGACUAAUUUUGAACCUGAUUCUGAGUAUUAUAACAGUCAUACUUCUGAUCCUGGAAAUGAAGCCAAUUCUGGAUAUCGACUGAUAUUCGACGAAUUGGGCACCGUUUAUAUAUUAAAAAGAAACAAUCAAAGACUUGUGCUAACACCUCCUAAUGUCCCUUCAACAUCAGACAAUUAUCACAGGUUGAGUCUUGAUUUCGAUGGUGUUUUAACUCAUUAUUAUCAUCGUAAGAGUAUUUCUACGGGAAAACAAAAUUGGACUAUUCUUUGGUCUGUGCCUGAUAACAUUUGUUUAGCAAUUCUUGAAGAAACUGGAAGUGGAGUUUGUGGGUACAACAAUGUGUGCCAUUUAAGUGAAAAUCAAAUGCCAUAUUGUGAAUGUCCAAAAGGGUAUUCGUUGAUCGAUCCGAACGAUAAGUAUGGGAGCUGCAAACCAAGAUUUGUUCCAAAUUGUGAUGAAAUUGGACAGGGUAAUCCUGAAGAUUUAUAUGAUUUUGAUGUUGUGACUGAUGUUGAUUGGCCAUUAUCGGAUUUCGAAAGGAUUUAUCCUUCUACUGAAGAAGAAUGCAGGAAAUCUUGUUUGGAAGAUUGUUUUUGUGGUGUUGCUAUUUAUAGAAGUAAUAGUUGCUGGAAGAAGAAGCUGCCAUUGUCAAAUGGGAGAGUGGACACUACUUUGAAUGUAAAAGCUUUUCUUAAAAUAAGGAAAGUUUCAACAUAA